AAAAUAUUUAACCUCAAAUUUCAAACAGAAAGAAGGUUUGACAUUGACGGUUAUGAAUUAUCUCCUAUUUAUGUUUUUCAAAUUUCAUUAAACCAUGUCAGAUUCAGCAGAAGAUCUACCUACGCCUGUUAAACGCAGAAUUGAAAGAAAUCGGCAAAGAGCCAUUAUUUUAAAGCGAAGUAAACUUGUAUCACAUCCUUAUGCAAAGGGUGAAGUGAUAUCAGAAGAUACAACUACUCUCAAAAUUGGUGCUACAAAGUAUAAAGAUACCGGAGGAGGAUUUCUGUUAGAAGAACCUGACGAACUUGAAAUUCCUGAAAAAGUAGUCACUCAAGUAGAAGCUCCAAUUUUUGAGCCAGAUCGCCCUACGUGUGAAAAUUGUGAGAAACCGUUCGCAACUUCUUGGUUGUUUGAUCACUUCACGUUCAGAUGUUGCGAUAGUUGCAAAGAUCCCGAAAUUCAUAAGCUAAUCACCAAAACGGAAGCAAAGGAUACAUAUCUUUUAAAAGAUUGUGAUUUUGAUAAAAGGGAACCACCUUUAAAAUGUAUCAAACAGAAAAAUCCACAUAAUGUACGAUGGGGAGAAAUGAAAUUGUAUUUACAGAUACAGGUUGAAAAAAGAGCAUUAGAAGUAUGGGGUAGUGAAGAGAAAAUUGAAGAAGAGAGACAACUUAGGGAGGAGAAAAGAGUUAUAACAAAAUCGAAGAAAUACGAGAAGCAUAUGAAGGAACUAAGGAAAGGAAUGCGCAGUAGUUUGUACAAUCGUACUACGGCAGGAAAGCACACUCAUGAUUUUGGUCCAGAAACAUAUAACGAAGAAGAUGAUACUUAUCAUCAUAAAUGUACUACUUGCCCAUAUGAAGAAACUUUUGAAAAAAUGUGAAACCUUUUUGGAAUAAUUGGGAUACAAAAUUUUAAUGUUAUGAUUUUACUCUUGAACAUAAUUUUAACUUCUUUUUUCACAUUGUUUUUUUAUAUAUGUAAUAAUGUUCUAUAGUU